AUGUAUGGAAGAGGGGGUCUUGAUCGUUUUAGGAAAGCUCACUCUUUGGAGCCAUUUUCUGUCAGCACAAAUAGUGCAGCUGCUUCCAAUGCUACUAAAACUGCCGCUAAAUCUCUUUCCAACAAGCCUUCGUCGGCUAUUUCUCAGCAACUGCAAACUCAAUAUGACUUCCAACCGCCUAUCUCAGAAAAGCCGGUAGGGCCAGAAGUUGCACCAAACCACAAUUUCACUCAGAUGGGAGGGGGUCAGUCAGCUUGGCAACCUCCAGAUUGGGCCAUUGAACCACGUUCUGGUGUCUAUUAUCUCGAAGUCAUUAAGGAUGGAGAGGUUCUUGAUAAGGUUAACUUGGAUAAGCGCAGGAAUAUUUUUGGACGACAGCUCCAAACUUGUGAUUUUGUGCUUGACCACCAGUCUGUCUCUAGGCAGCAUGCAGCUGUCGUUCCUCACAAAAAUGGAAGCAUAUAUGUUAUUGAUUUGGGAUCUGCACAUGGCACUUUUGUCGCGAACGAGCGGUUGACCAAAGAUUCUCCUGUUGAACUUGAGGUUGGGCAGUCUCUACGGUUUGCGGCGUCUACAAGAACAUAUAUUUUGAGAAAGAAUGAUGCAGCACUUUUUCCUCCUGUACCACCUACUGAGAUCAACAUUCCCCCGCCUCCCGAUCCUUCAGAUGAAGAAGCUGUUUUGGCUUAUAACACGUAUCUAAACCGUUACGGGCUGGGCCUGCCAAGUGACUCUACCAACAAUUCUGAUUUGGGUAGCUUGUUGAGGGGAAACGACAACCACGAGAGGGCGGCCAAACGGAUUAGGAAAAUAAAAGUUGGUUUUAGGGAUCAAGUAGGGGGGCAAUUGCUUGAGGUAGUUGGAGUUUCUGACGGAUUUGACGUAGAAACUGAGCCUGGUCCAGUGGGUGUUAAAGAAGGGAGUCUUGUCGGAAAAUACGAGUCUCUUGUACAAAUUACAGUGAUCCCAAAAGGGAAGGAACAGUCAUCUGCAAAGGAAGUUAGCAUUUCUCAGACGGGUGUCACCGAAAAACUGAAGCAGGUUCUCAACAAGGUAAAAGCUCCUCCUCCAUCAAAAAAGGGCAGUGGAAUUUAUGAUGGUCUUUAUGGAGAACCGUUUUCUGCCAAAGUUGGUUCCUCUUGGGCAUACUCAUCUGUUAAAUCAGGUGAUGGGAGAGAAGUACCUUCGAGUGGUGAUCCGGAAGGGAAAGCAGAUGCUGCCUCUAAUAGAAACGAAAAUGAUGAUGAUGAUGAUUUAUUUGGCUAG